GAGACACAGCUACUUAUGGCUUUUUAUUAUGAUGGGCGUCAGCUUACCUGGACACGCCUCCCUCAAGGCUAUGUGGCCUCACCUGCGGUCUACUCGCUGGUGCUCCAACGUACUUUGCGGUCAUGGACUCCCAGCCACGGUUCCGUCCUCCUUCAGUACGUCGAUGACCUACUGUUGUGUAGUCCUAACCAGGAGGCUAAUACAGUAGAUACAAUAAGUCUGUUAAAACACCUUGCUGCUGAAGGUCAUAAAAUAGCAAAACAUAAGCUACAAGUAGGAGUGACAAAAGUUGAUUACCUUGGUUUUGUGCUUUCCCAAGGCCACCGGUCCAUUAGUCCCAAACGAAUCUAAGCGAUUCAACAGAUCCCAAAGCCAGUUACUAGAAAGGACAUGCUAACCUUUCUAGGUAUGAUUAAUUAUUGCAGACAAUGGAUUCCUGAGUGCUCCCAUCAUGAUUCCAUUCUAAGGCAAGCCACAAAAGGGGAUAGCCCUGAACAUAUACAAUGGACCACAGACAUGACUAAAUCCUACAUAGCUCUGAAGACUAGCAUUAUUAGUGCCCCUGCUUUAGGACUACCUGAUUAUUGUAAACCAUUUCACUUGUAUGCGAGGGACAAUUGUAAAACCAUGGCUGCUGUCUGUGCCCAAGAGCAUGGUGGAGGCAAUAUGCGUCCCGUAGCUUUCUUUUCCAAAGUAGUUCCAAUACCGGUACAAGGGAUGCCGGCGUGUCUCCGAGCAUUGGCGGCUUGCGCCAUGGCUGUAGAGAUGGUUGAAACAAUCACAUUAGGCCAUCCAAUAGUACUACACACUAGUCACCAAGUUUUACAUCUUGUAAAAAAUGUCACUACCCAACACAUGACUUCUCAAAGACUUUCUGGUUAUGAAUGUAUAUUACUGAAUAAUACAAAUCUGACUAUUAAAUAUAGUAGUGUAUCCUCAGGGCCAACUCAAAUACUUAGUGCCUUACUUACAGGAUCACCAGACUUUCCAACAGAUCAUGAUUGUAUAGAGGUAAUACACCACAUUACCACACCAAGACCUGACUUGAUGGAUAAACCUUUUGACCAUGCUGAUAAUGUGUUUGUUGAUGGUUCUUGUUCCCGACCUAGUGAUGGUAUUUAUAAGACAGGCUAUGUCGUUGUGCAACUACCAGACAUUGUUCUAGAUGCAGGCCCCAUUCCUUAUCCUUCUGCACAAGCUGCAGAAUUAAUAGCACUUACAAAAGCAUGUAAAUUGUUUGAAAAUAAAUCUGUUAACAUUUACACUGACUCUCGCUAUGCUUUUGGGGUUGUGCACGAUUUUGGUAUGAUAUGGAAACAACGUGGUUUUGUUUCAGCAGAUGGCAAGACCAUCUCUCAUACAGACCUGAUUAAUUAA